AUGACUUCCGCGGCAAGGGAGCUCAUCGUCCAUGAUCACGAGAAGGGUCUAGACGACGAAAAGGCCUCUGUCCGCCCUUCUAUCACCUCAGUUGGCGAGACUACAGCCGCGUCCAAUCCGUGGACGACUAGGCUACUGAAAGCCGGCGUCGAAGAGCGAGGCACAGAGCCCGUUCCAGAGGCGCGUAGAACAGACACGCAGUUCUUCAAACUCUUCUUUCUAUUUCUGACAUGGAAUCUUAACAUUUUGACCUUCACUGCUGGAACCAUUGGUCCCGUCGUUUUCGGUCUUGGACUUGGGGAUUCGUGCCUUGUCAUCAUCUUUUUCGAUGCUCUCUUCUGUUCUCUUGCUUCAUACAUAUGUACAUGGGGACCAAAGCUUGGUAUGCGGACGAUGAUACUGGCUCGAUAUUCGUUCGGAUAUUAUGGCACCAUCCCCCUGGCCCUCCUAAACCUCCUCACGAUGAUGGGGUUCUCGGUUCUCUGUGCGAUCGUAGGAGGACAAGCCCUGGCGAGCGUCACAGAGGGACUCACUUGGACAGUCGGUAUUGUCGUGAUUGCGAGCAUCGCGUUGUUGGUGUCGUUCUGCGGAGUAAAUGCUCUCAACUGGCUCGGGUUAGUUGGAUGGGUCCCCCUCCUCACUGCGUUUGCUGUCGUUGCCGGGGUUGGAGGAAAACACUUCUCUGAUCCGCCUCCUGUGGAACCGGUCACAGCGCCUGCGCUUCUGAGCUUUGCAGCAACUCUAGCCGGAUUUUCCAUUACGUUCUGCCCCCUCGCGACCGAUAUCUCUGUUUACUAUCGGCAUGACGUCUCUGGGUGGAGGGUCUUCAUGUAUGUCUACGCUGGACUGCUGACCUCGCUCGCCUCGAUCCAGAUCCUGGGAGCGGCAACCGCAGUUGCGGCCAUGAACGUACCCGAGUGGGAGCGACGUUAUGGCGGGGAGGAUGUAGGCGCGCUUCUAGCUGCAGUCCUUGAACCCGUCAACGGGUUCGGGAAGUUUAUCUCUGUCUUGCUCGCUCUUUCCGUCACACCCAACAUCUCUGCAACUGCCUAUUCUAUCACCGUGAUUUGGCAGGCGUGUGUCCCACGAUUCUCAGCGAUUCCAAGAUAUGUAUUCGCGAUCGUUUCCACUGGAAUUGUGAUAGGGCUCGCCAUCCCCGGUGCGACUAGAUUCUACGACACCCUGACCAAUCUCCUCGGCCUGGUAGGGUACUGGGCUGCAGCCUUCAUCGCCAUCGUCCUCAUCGAGCACCUUCACUUCCGGAAGAACGAUCCCUACAACUACGACGGCGCUGCCUGGAAUGUUCCCAAUAAACUCCCGCUGGGCAUUGCGGCCGUGGCGGCAGUCGUCUGCUCGUUUGGCCUGGUCGUGCCUUGCAUGAACCAGACGUGGUAUACGGGUCCCAUCGCUAAGAUGACGGGGGACAUUGGUUUUGAGAUUGCAAUUGUACUGACCGGGAUGUUGUAUUUUCCAUUCAGAUCGGUUGAGAAACGGUUUACGGGCCUGUAA